UCUCUCUCUCUCUCUCUCUCCGCGUAAUCUCCAACGACAUGGAGCGCGUCUAAUCUCCACUGAAACCCUAGAGCUUUCCUGACCAUGGACGAUUACCCGCCGCACCGCGGCCCGGCGAUACUCCUCGAGGUGGUGGCCUGCGCCCUCCUCAUCCUCCUCGCCCUCGCAUCAGGCACCGCAGGCGCGGAUACGAACCCCGGCGAUCUGGCCGCAAUGCAGGUCCUCGCCUCCGCUCUGGGCGCCGACCGCGUUCUCUCUUGGUCCCCUUCCUCCGAUCCCUGCUCCUCUUGGACCGGAAUCACCUGCUCCGGCGGCCGCGUCACUGCGAUCCAGGUGGGUAAUAUGAGCCUCGCCGGCUCACUCCCACCCGAAGUACGCAACCUCACUGGUCUCGUCCGCCUCGAGCUCCAGCACAACCGGCUCGCCGGGAAGCUACCUUCGUUUGCGGGACUCUCAUCCUUGCAGUUCCUCCUCCUCCACAACAACCUCUUCUCCUUCAUCCCUGAUGACUUCUUCUCUGGGCUGUCUUCCCUCCAGGCCGCUUUCCUUGACGAGAACCCUUUCGCGCCUUGGAAUCUCCCACCGUCUCUUCGUGAUGCUGUUGCUCUCGUGAACUUCUCCGCCUACUAUGCUAAUGUCACUGGCUCCCUCCCUAACUUCCUCGCUACCUCCUUCCCUGGCCUUGAUCACCUUGGCCUCGCCUACAACCUGCUUUCAGGCGCCGUCCCUGCAGAUUUUGCUGGCGCGCCUUUGCGUUCGCUAUGGCUCAACAACCAGCAGGGCCCGAGCCGCCUCUCGGGCGGGAUCACCUUCAUAGAGAACAUGACUUCCCUUGAGGAGCUCUGGCUCCAAUCCAACGACUUCUCGGGGCCUCUUCCGGACUUUUCCAGGCUCACUAAUUUGGGCGUUCUUGAACUCCGAGAUAACCAGUUUACCGGAACUGUGCCCAGCUCUCUGACUGAGCUCAAGUCGCUGACUAAGGUCACGCUUACCAAUAACUUGCUGCAGGGCCCUUUGCCAGUCUUCCCUAAUUCUGUAAACCUGGACCUCAACCCAGAAAGCGAGAGCUUUUGUCUCACGAAGCCAGGGAGGUGCGAUGACCGUGUCAAUCUCUUGCUUUCUGUCGCCAAAGAUUUUAACUACCCUGUUCGUUUUGCAAACAACUGGAAGAAUAACGACCCUUGUGGAUGGGAGGGGAUCAGGUGCGACGCCAAUGGAAACAUCACUGUGAUCAAUUUCCAAAAGAUGGGCCUAAAUGGUAGCAUCUCACCGGAUUUUGGUUUGUUUGCCUCAUUGCAGAAGCUGCUUUUGUCAAAUAACAACCUCACUGGGAUAAUCCCCUCCACACUCACCAAUUUGGCAGGGCUUAAUGAAUUAGAUGUGUCAAAUAACUCUCUUUGGGGGAAAGUGCCUAGAUUUAGCCAGAAUGUACUGCUGAGGACUGAUGGGAAUGCCCAUUUGGGGCAGGAUCCUGUUGCUCCUCCUGGCGCACAGUCUGGUACUACUGACAAUGGAAGCAAUCCUAUCCCAGGAGGGUCUUCUGAUGGGAAUAGCAGCGGCAGUGGGAAGUCAUCAUCUGGCACUGUAGGUGCUAUUGUGGGUUCAGCGAUUGCCAUGGCUAUUGUUGUCAUCUUUGUGGGACUGUUGGGCUUCGGCUAUUACAGAAGGAAGCAGCAGAAUUUUCGUAGAGUUCAGAGUCCAAACACAACUGUGAUACACCCACAGUAUUCAGGGUCUGAUGACUUGGUGAAGAUCUCAGUUGUGGGUUCAACUGCUAACGGGGGCACAAUUGCAAGCGAGUCUUAUAGCCGUACAAGUAGUAGUCCUGGUGAUGUUCAUGUAGUUGAUGCAGGAAAUAUGGUGAUCUCCAUUCAGGUUCUUAGGAAUGUCACUAACAAUUUUAGCGAAGAGAAUAUAUUAGGUCGUGGCGGUUUUGGUACAGUGUAUAAAGGUGAACUCCAUGAUGGUACCAAGAUUGCAGUCAAAAGGAUGGAGGCAGGCAUCAUGGGGACAAAAGGCUUGAAUGAAUUUAAAUCUGAGAUUGCAGUCCUCACCAAAGUUAGGCACCGAAAUUUGGUUUCCCUUCUUGGUUACUGCUUGGAUGGGAACGAGAGGCUCUUAGUCUAUGAAUACAUGCCGCAAGGAACAUUGAGUCGGCAUCUUUUGGACUGGAAAGAAGAAGGACUAAAGCCUUUGGAAUGGAAGAAAAGGCUAAGCAUUGCACUGGAUGUGGCAAGAGGCGUUGAGUAUUUACACAAUUUGGCACAUCAGAGUUUCAUUCAUAGGGAUCUUAAACCUUCAAACAUCCUCCUUGGGGAUGACAUGAAAGCUAAAGUUGCAGAUUUUGGCCUUGUACGUCUUGCUCCAGAUGGAAAAGGUUGUUCUGUUGAAACAAGGCUAGCUGGUACCUUUGGUUAUCUUGCUCCAGAAUAUGCUGUGACUGGUCGUGUCACCACAAAGGCUGAUGUGUUUAGCUUUGGAGUAAUAUUGAUGGAGAUGAUCACUGGUCGGAAGGCUCUCGAUGAGACCCAGCCAGAGGAGAGUGUUCAUCUGGUCACAUGGUUCCGAAGGAUGCAACUCAACAAGGACACAUUUCGGAAGGCCAUUGACCCAAUGAUGGAUCUCGACGAGGAGACCUUUUCAAGCAUUAGCACUGUUGCAGAGCUUGCUGGUCAUUGCUGUGCAAGGGAACCUUACCAAAGGCCUGACAUGGGGCAUGCUGUCAAUGUGCUUUCAUCACUUGCGGAGCUUUGGAAGCCAUCUGAUCCUGAUUCUGAGGACAGUUAUGGUAUCGACCUUGACAUGUCUCUUCCUCAAGCACUAAAAAAAUGGCAGGCUUUUGACGACAGCAGCCGUUUCGAUGGAGCCACAUCAUCUUUGGUGGUGAGCUUGGACAACACUCAGACCAGCAUACCAACAAGACCCCCAGGUUUUGCAGAUUCCUUUACCUCAGCUGAUGGAAGAUAAAUUUUAUGGAAGGAAAAAAGAAGAAUAGUUCUCAGCUUUGUUUAUUCUCGUGUAUUGUUCAUCUUCACACUUCUGUUUUUCCAUGUUGCUAAAUGUAUUAUGAUGGUCAUCUGUUGUACUUGAUUCUCGCAAAACCUUCUCAGACCACUUCCUGCAGCUUGUCUGCCUUUAGUUUUAUGAGCCAACAGCUAGAGUUGUGGACUUGCAAAAUUGUUUUUUUCUGUCAUUUAACUAUCUUGUUUUACAUUUA